GGAUUAAUUGACGCGGCAGCCUCCGCUGACCCUCCGGAUUGAUGUGUUUCCAUAUGACCGGGCUGCAUACACAUGCUGCGGUCCCUCCAAGGAGCCAGACGCGGACCCUGACAGUGAGAGAGGAAGGAAAGACAGGGGCCAACUGCAUAAAGCAGCGCCUCUCCAGCGGAUCAUACAGCGCUGAGGAGCAAACACAACCAUGCGCCUUUGGGGGAUCUGCGUGUUUCUAGCGUAUCUGCUGUACUCUAACCUGGCCAGCGACUUCAGCCACACAGAUUACUAUGAGGAGCCCUCGGACCUGGAGCCGAUGGACCAGCCGGAGCCUUUACCAAAGCCAGACAUGGAGCAGAAGCUGCGUUCAGCCUCCACUGUAGAUGAAUUGAUGAGUCUGAUCUAUCCCUCUUACUGGGCUGCCCUGAAGUGCAGAUCCAAACUUUCUGCUGCUGCCUCCCCAGCUUCCAAAUUCACUCAGCGCUCACAGACUCAGCGGCUGCGGCCACCAGCAGACGCAGAGGAGCCGAUAUACGCAGCUGCCUACCUCAACUUGGACGUCCUUAAAAGUAUAGAGUUGGAGUGGAGGAAAACUCAAUGCAUGCCCAGAGAAGUGUGUGUUGAUGUGGGCAGGGAGUUCGGGGCUCCCACCAACGUCUUCUAUAAGCCACCGUGUGUGUCUGUAUAUAGGUGUGGAGGAUGCUGCCCCUCCGAGGACAAGCAAUGCCGAAAUAUCUCCACCGGUUACCUCAGCAAAACCCUUUUUGAGAUCACAGUGCCGCUGACCCAGGGCACCAAACCUGUCACCAUCAGCGUGGCCAACCACACCCAGUGCAGCUGUCUGUCCAAACUGGACAUUUACAGACAAGUCCACAGCAUCAUCAGACGAUCCCUGCCAGAAUGUCCAAUAGUCAACAGGACGUGUCCUCCUGGUCAGACGUGGAACAUCAAGCAGUGUCAGUGUGUCAGCAUGGCUUCCGUUGGACAAACUAAGUCCUCUCCUCCACCGCUGCCUCCUCUAAGACCACCGCAGCAGCACCAUGACAUCUUCUCAUCAGACUUCUGUGGCGCAGAUAAAGAGCUGGAUGUGGAAAGCUGUCAAUGCGUAUGUCGCCUUAAAAAGGACUGUGGCCCUAACCGACACCUGGACAGAAACACUUGCAAAUGCGUUUGCAACAUGUUGCGGGCUCCAUCUUGCCCCCUGAACCACGUCUUCAACAAAGAGACCUGUCAGUGCACAUGUAAUAAGACAUGUCCGAGGCACCAGCCCCUGAACAAGACAAAGUGCUCCUGUGAAUGUAAUGAAUCCCCAAACAAGUGUUUCCUGAGAGGAAGGCGGUUUCACCAAGCAACAUGCAGUUGUCUAAGGCCUCCAUGUGAGGUGAGGCGACGGAAGUGUGAAGCAGGUUUCUUCUUCAGUGAGGAGGUCUGUCGCUGCGUCCCUUCCCAUUGGAGGCGGUUGGACUAAUUCCCUUCUUAAAGGUGAUCAUCAAAGGCAGACUUAAAGAAUCAAUUACAUCAACUAUCACAUAUAGACCUGCUGCGCAACAGGAUUCUUAUCAGCCAUGGUGGCAGCUAAGUGAGUGGAUCCUGAUGGAGUUGGGGAAACCUUUAGGAUUGGAAUAAAACAUGGAAAAUUGGACAUGAAGACGUGAGAAAUGCACUGAUUUUCUUCUAAGGACAUAAAUUGGAGGAUAAAUGAACAGACAGGAGGGAAAAUUGCAGGAUAAAAAGAGUAAAGGCUCAACUUUUUGUCUAAUAAUGUGUUUUAAAAUAUUUGGAAAUUAUUGAUGUCUUAGUAUUCUGAUGUGAAUAAUUCAUUAUAUUAUUUAUUAAAUGGUAUUUCAUCCUUCGUGUAUUGCAUUUUUUUCCGUAUUUUUUUAUAAAAAUACACUGUGAUCAUUAUUUUUGUAUCAUGUAUGUCAAGUAUAUGUGUGUAAAAUAAAGUAUCUUGG